AUGAACUCACUACAGCGAGCCCUUUCAAGAAUGACAUUAAAUCCGAGUAUAGAAUCUGAGCGGUGCCAGAGCCCGGAAGCCAAUGAAGAUGAUUUUGUCGAAUUUAGGGACGGCGAUGUUGACAAUCCAAGAAAUUGGUCACUGGCAAGAAAACGCUACAUCACCUCCAUCACGCUGUUGCAAUUUGACAUCUCAAGUGUUGCUGCCCAGCUUGCAACGUCACUUUUCCUCCUAGGCUUUUGCGCAGGGCCUUUGUGGAUGCUAUAUGCCACCUUCUUUCUCUACUUCUGCUUUACUUGCCUGACGGCGUGGCCGCCGAACUUGGGUGGGCCUUUUGCUAUUGGACCAGGUGUUCUGGUUGAUAUAUUGGAUAAAGGUGAAUGCGGUAAUGCCAUGGGAAUCUUGAUCUGCAUAUGUUGGAUUGGCUCAGCGCUAGGUACCGUUAUAUCUGGAUGCUUCGAGCUAAAGAAGGACUGGCGUUGGUCUAUGUAUGCUUGCCUCUGGCUCGGAUCAUUCACCAUGAUUCCUAUGUUGACGAUUCCUGAAACGCACAGCCCGACGGUUCUUGCACAAAAGGCAAAACUGACUCGACACCAAGGCCACGACAUAGAGGCUGCAGGGGAGGCUUCCAGACCAAAGCUGCUUCAGCUCUACAAAAUUGCUUUGGCACGACCAUGGGUCCUCCUUUUCGACACCAUCUCUCUUCUGUGUUGCCUUUACUCCUGCCUCAUUGAUGCUCUGCAAUACAUGCUCUUCAGCAUAUAUCCUAUAGUUUUCCAAGAGUUGAGAGGAUGGAAUACUGCCGUGUCGCAACUUCCGGUUCUCGGACAAGCCGUCGGCGCCAUGUUUGGUCUCUUGAUCGUCUUUGAUCACACGAGGCGUCGGAAGGCAAAGGCCGAUAUGUGGAGGGAGAUGCUUCCAGAGGACCUCAUGGUUCUAGCCAUGGUCGGCGGCGUCGGCUUCCUUAUUUCGAUGCUCUGGCUGUGUUGGAGCGCCCAGUACAAUUCGGUGCACUGGAUCGUGCCGACAGCGGGUGGCACGGUUCUGGCGAUAUGCCUGAUGCUGAUCCACGUAUCCUGCUUUAGUUACAUUACUGACACCUACGCGGACUACGCUGCUUCCGUCAUUGCUGCCAAUAUUGUUGCAAGAUGUAUUAGCAGUGCUGGGGCCCCUCUUUUUACCAGGCAGACGUUCAAUGCCAUUGUAGUCGGCGGCGGAGGCUCGCUAAUUGCCGGUGUAGCAGCGCUCUUGCCCAAAUACGCUCUUGCCUGA